GGACAUGAGGUGGUUAAGAGUAGAUGAUGAGAUGCCUCAACACGUUGUAGUGUCUGGUUCAAACCUUCUCAUUAGUAACCUAAACAAAACAGAUAAUGGUACAUACCGCUGUGAGGCUUCAAACGCGGUGGGGAAAUCACAUGCGGAUUACAUGCUGUUUGUAUACGAUCCCCCCACAACUAUCCCUCCUCCCACAACAACCACCACCACUACCACCACCAUCCCUACCACCAUCACAGACACAACGGCGACGACAGAACCAGCAGUUCACGGCUUUACUCAGUUGCCCAAUUCGGCAGAGGAGCUGGACUAUGGGGAUCUCUCAGAUUCUCGUGCAGGUGAGGAAGGGGCGAUACGGAGCGUGGACCAUGCGGUGGUUGGUGGCGUCGUGGCCGUGGUCGUGUUUGCAAUGCUCUGCCUGCUCAUCAUUUUAGGGCGAUAUUUUGCCAGACAUAAAGGUACAUACUUCACUCACGAAGCCAAAGGAGCAGAUGAUGCGGCCGACGCAGACACAGCCAUCAUCAACGCAGAAGGAGGACAAAACAACUCCGAAGAGAAGAAAGAGUACUUCAUCUAGAGCAGCCUUGGUUUCUAUGAGGUGUCCAACCGUGGACGGUUACUACUGGCCCUAUUUAAAUGCUAAAGAGACAGUGAUAUUAGAGGUGGCAACCAGCUUGUGUCUUUUUUUUUUUAAGGAAAAAAAAAAAGCCAGUGGGUGGAGAGUCGUGUGAGGCUGGGAGGGUCCGGGAUUCGCUGUGUAAAAAUAUUCCUCGUCAAGUACACUCUGCUGUUUGACACCUCAAUUUGUUUGGGUUUUCCUUUUUUGGCCAAGUCCAGCUUGGAUUUAGUUUAGUGAAGUCAUUUGCAGAAGAUUCUGUGCCUUGUUUAAUUUCUGUUCGUCGGGGUCGGGGGGGAGGCUGGGAAGAAGAGGGGCUUCUGUGCGUUAGUUCCCUUCGGGUUUCUGUGGCUCUUCGUUUCCCCUUUCCUGUUCUGUUUCUGGAGUUGCCUGCUGGGACCCCGUGGAGUAGGUGGGUUUCUUUGAAGGUGUUUCUCUUUCUUUUUCUCUUCACCGUUUUCCGUUCAGAACUCGAGCUCAUCGGAGGAGAACCAGCACAUUUUAGAUUCCGUAGUUUGCAGUCCAGUGUGCCCAUGUCCCAUUCCCUCGAUCGUCGUAAAGGCUUGGAUACACAAACGACGAGAACCCGUUUGUGGCUGCCCGUGCUUCAGGUGCU